AUGGUGGUAAAUGCUAUUCCACAUCAACUUCUUAAAAGAACUACUUCCUUUAAUAAAUGUCCUCCAUUACCAUCUGGAAAACAACCACCUCUACUCACUGUCGUACCUUCACCUGAUCCUGUCGUUCCUGGACAAACUGAUAGUUUUACUAUUUCUGGAACACUAAGUCGUCCUGUCGCUGAUGGCGACCUUACCGGUGCUGGAUUUUUUGACCCUAUAGCCAAGAUUUUUUUAGGUGGACCAGCUCUUGCGGAUACCGAUCCUAAAACACCAUUUUCUCAAGUAUUGAAUGUUGAUGUGCCAGCAACAUUACCUAAUCCAUACGGUAUUAUGGUUGGUGUUGGAAAUCCAGAUACUCAUGAAGCUCUAGGCUGUGCAUUUAGUAUUGUUG